UGGAGCUGCUUCCAUUGGAAGAGUUUCCUCUUUCCUGUGCAGCACGACUCUGCUCCCAGUGCUCCUAGUGCUCCCAGUGCUCCCAGUGUUCCCAGUGCUCCCAGUGUUCCCAGUGCUCCCAGUGCUCCCAGUGUUCCCAGUGUUCCCAGUGUUCCCAGCGCUCCCAGCGUUCCUAGUGCUCCCAGUGUUCCCAGUGCUCCUAGUGCUCCCAGUGCUCCUAGUGCUCCUAGUGCUCCCAGUGUUCCCAGUGUUCCCAGUGUUCCCAGUGCUCCUAGUGCUCCCAGUGUUCCCAGUGCUCCUAGUGCUCCCAGUGCUCCUAGUGCUCCUAGUGCUCCCAGUGUUCCCAGUGCUCCCAGUGCUCCCAGUGUUCCCAGUGCUCCCAGUGUUCCCAGUGUUCCCAGCGCUCCCAGCGUUCCCAGCGCUCCCAGCGCUCCCAGUGUUCCCAGUGUUCCCAGUGUUCCCAGUGCUCCCAGUGUUCCCAGUGCUCCCAGUGCUCCCAGUGUUCCCAGUGUUCCCAGUGCUCCCAGUGCUCCCAGUGUUCCCAGUGCUCCCAGUGCUCCCAGUGCUCCCAGUGUUCCCAGUGUUCCCAGUGUUCCCAGCGCUCCCAGCGUUCCCAGCGCUCCCAGCGCUCCCAGUGUUCCCAGUGUUCCCAGCGCUCCCAGCGCUCUCAGCGCUCCCAGCGUUCCCAGUGCUCCCAGCGCUCCCAGCGUUCCCAGCGCUCCCAGCGCUCCCAGUGUUCCCAGUGCUCCCAGUUCUCCCAGUGUUCCCAGUGUUCCCAGUGUUCCCAGUGUUCCCAGCGCUCCCAGCGUUCCCAGCGCUCCCAGCGUUCCCAGCGCUCCCAGCGUUCCCAGCGUUCCCAGCGCUCCCAGUGUUCCCAGUGCUCCCAGUGUUCCCAGUGCUCCCAGUGUUCCCAGUGUUCCCAGUGCUCCCAGUGUUCCCAGUGUUCCCAGUGCUCCCAGUGCUCCCAGUGUUCCCAGUGCUCCCAAGUGUUCCCAGUGUUCCCAGUGUUCCCAGUGUUCCCAGUGUUCCCAGUGCUCCCAGUGCUCCCAGUGUUCCCAGUGUUCCCAGUGUUCCCAGUGCUCCCAGUGUUCCCAGUGCUCCUAGUGUUCCCAGUGCUCCCAGUGUUCCCAGUGCUCCCAGUGUUCCCAGUGCUCCCAGUGUUCCCAGUGCUCCCAGUGUUCCCAGUGUUCCCAGUGCUCCCAGUGAUCCCAGUGCUCCCAGUGCUCUCUUUUUGGUCAAUUUGUGUUUGUACGUGGUUAUUUUUUAACUUUUUGUGGUCAUUUUUGUCUCUUGGAGGUCAGGUUGUGUCUUUUCUUGGUCUUCUUGUGUCUUUCUGGUCAUUUUGCAGUUUUUUUUUCUAGUCAUAUUUUGGUCGUUUUUGUCUCAUGGUGGUGAUUUUAUGUCUCUUUGUGGACAUUUUGCAGUUGUGUGAUACUUUUGGAGCUGUUUUUGGUCCUUUUGUGUCUCUUUGUGGUCAUUUGAGUCCAUUUCUGGUCAUUUUACAAUUGUUGUGAUCAUUUUGUGUGUCUCUGUGGUAUUUUUUUUCUCUUUUUGGCCAUUUUGUGCUCCUUUGUCAUUAUUUUGUGUCUCCUUGUGGUCAUUUGAGUCUAUUUGUGGUCACGUUACAAUUUUUUUGUGGUCAUUUUGUAGUCAUUUGUCUCUUUGUGAUGAUUUUUUACCUCUUUAUGGUCAUUUUGUAUCUAUUUGUGGUCCUUUUGUAUUUCUACAUGGUUAUUUUUUAACUUUUUGUGGUCAUUUUUUCAGUUUUUUGUCAUCAUAUUGUGCUAUUUGUAGUCAUUUUUGUCUCUUGGCAGUCAGUUCAUGUCUUUUCUUGGUCUUUUAGUGUCUUUUUGUGAACAUUUUUGCAGUUUUGUGGUCUUUUUGGAGCUGUUUCUGAUCCUUUUGUGUCUCUUUGUGGUCAGUUUUAUCUCUUGGUGUUGAAUUUGUGUCUCCUUUUGGUUAUUUUAUUUCUCUUUGUGUUCAUUUUGCAGUUUUGUGUGAUCAUUUCUAUAUAUACGUUGUGUGUAAUUAUUAAAUUGCAGAAUUGCAGAAUUUACAAUAAAAAACUGGAAAAAACA